GCCUGCACUUCUUCCAAUCCUCACAUCGGGAGGAGAGUUGGUGAAGUUCCGUGGGCUUGGACAGAACCAGCACAGCUGCCAAAGCCCCGAAGGAGUCCAAGCUGCCGUGGUAUUCGAGGAUGAUGUUCAGUGACUGCGUGGGGUUUCCCUCAGGUCAAGCUCCUCAGACUCCUGCCAGAGCUUUCAAGGCAGCGGCCCUGAUCCAGAGGUGGUACUGGCGCUAUGUGGCCCGGCUGGAGAUGCGGCGGCGCUGCACCUGGAGCAUCUUCCAGUCCAUAGAGUACGCCGGGCAGCAGGACCAGGGCCAGCUGCACGAGUUCUUCAGCUACCUCGUGAGUCACUUCACUCCCAGCAGCCGCCAUGAGAGGGACCUCCUGAGCCGCAUGCUGACUGAGCAGAGCUGUCCGCAGGAUGCGGAGCUGGAGACCUGCGGUGACUACAAAGCCAUCGAGGUGCCCGCCAACUACACAGGGCCGCGCCUGUCCUUCCCGCUGCUUCCCAGCCAUGCCACUGCCCUGGUGGAAGCUUUCAGGCUGAAACAACAGCAGCUGCACGCUCACUACGUCCUGCAUCUCCUGCAUGAGACCAGGAGGCACCUGGCGCAGCUGCCGAACAUCACGCGGGUGUCGAGCUGCUACAGCGAGGAGCUCACAGUGUGUGGAGACUUACACGGCCAGUUGGACGACUUAAUAUUCAUAUUCUAUAAGAACGGCCUCCCGUCGCCAGAGCGUGCAUACGUGUUCAACGGGGACUUCGUGGACCGAGGCCAGGAUUCAGUAGAGAUCUUAAUGGUUCUGUUUGCCUUUAUGCUGGUUUACCCGAAAGAGUUCCACCUGAACCGAGGGAACCAUGAGGACCACAUGGUGAACUUACGGUAUGGCUUCACCAAGGAAGUGAUGCAUAAAUAUAAAAUACAUGGGAAGAAAAUAUUAAGAACGCUUCAGGACGUAUUCUGCUGGCUUCCCCUGGCCACGCUGGUGGAUGAGAAAGUCCUGAUUCUUCAUGGUGGAGUGUCGGACAGGACAGACCUGGAGCUUUUGGCUAAAUUAGACAGACACAAGAUCGUCUCCACCAUGAGGCGCCCGAUGCCACGGGAACUCAAGAGGCAGGCAGAGGUGCCCAGCAUACCCAGCGCCGCACCUAGUCCUGCACAGAGACCCACACCCUGGUUCCUGCCCCAGAGCCGCUCACUCCCCUCCUCACCGCUCCACCCCAGCCUGGACAGCAGGACCCACAGGGCCAGCCGGUCCUGCAGCGUCCCCUGCGCUGUCCCCCUGGCCCCUCAGGAGCUGUCCCGGCAGGUGAGGCGCUCUGUGGACUUAGAACUGGAGCUGUGCCGGCAGCGAGCGGGCUUCCCUGGGGUCCAGGAGCAGGAGGAGCCCUCAUCUUCAGCCCCCGAGGGGGACCCGGAUGCUGGAGAGCCGCUGGGGCCUACCCAGGAGGAGUGGCAGCAGGUGG